CCGCGAAUCGAAAAAAAAUUCCACUUGGUCAUGUCGCAGGCACUAAAAAGAGUUUUUGUUUAUGGCACAUUGAAGCGCGGAGAGCCGAAUCAUUUUUGGCUGACAAAGAAGGAGAAUGGAGUGUCACAGUUUCUAACCAAGGGCAAAACUGUGACUAAAUUUCCCCUGGUGAUUGGUACUCGGUACAAUAUUCCAUUUCUGCUCAACAAGCCGGAAAUGGGAUACCACAUAGAGGGUGAGAUCUAUGAGGUGGACGAUGCCAUGUUCGGCAAGCUGGAUGAGCUCGAGGAAUACCCCAAGUACUAUGAUCGCGAGCCACAAGCGAUACUGACGGAGCAGAACGAGACAUUGGAGUGCUGGCUCUAUCUGAUAAGGAGGUUUCCGGAGAGUAUGUUAUCUAAACCAUUCCUGAGUAGCUACCACAAUAAACCAGAACAGGCGUACAGUGAGAAGUCAGUACGAGAUGCACAGAUUGCGGCCAAAGAUGAUUUAUCUUAUUGAAUUAAAUUCCAGCUAUGCGGACAGCAGGCUGGACGAUCUCUUCCAGGAUGACUGACGACCAACGUAGUGAUUAAGUGCAGGAGGAUUAUAAAAAAUUGUAACAUUUAUAUAAACGGAUUUCAACGCAUGGCUAUUA